UGGAAAGAAAAAGAAAACUCACUUCAAAUAUUCUAAUUAUUUAUAUACAAACAAAAACAAAAAAUAGAAAAAUAAAAAGAAUGAAAAAAAUAGCAAAAGAAAAAUUUUACAAUUAAUUUUUUUGUUUUCUCGUGUAGUGGCAAAUGAUGAAAGGGAAGAGAGAAAUGAAGAGAGAUAGGUGAAGUGAAAAGAGUUAAAACAAAAAAUGUGAUAACUUAUUGUAGCAACAUCAAGUAACUUAAUUACGGUGGAGGAGAAAAUUAACGUAAAAUAUUCAUUUUUUUGUAUUCAUUACUAAGAAACGUUUUUAUUUUUGGUUUUGUGUUGCUUGUGACCGAAGCGAAAAUCGAUAUCAACUAAGAGAAUAAAGCCACAUAUAUUUUCCGUGUUGUGAUAUCGAAUUAAAGGAAAAAAUAAGGAUUUUUUCGUUUUAUUUUUUGAUAAAAAAUAUAAGAAAGAGAAAGAAUAAAUACAAACAGAUCAGAAUCAACUUGAUGAGGAUUACUUUUGGAAUUUUAAAAAACAAAUUCAUUUCACAAAGGAUAUUAUGAUUAUAAUAUGGGUUUGAAAUGCAAUGAACUGGAAAGCACAUUGAAAGAUGAAGUGAACUACGAAGACAAGCAAAGAUCAUCAAGUUCAUUGACGAAUACGUCAAGGAAAAGACGAAAGCAUGCCACAAACAAGCUGAAAAGCUUUCUUCAUACACUUUUCAAAUGGUAUUUCAAAUCGAGAGCUCUUCACGAUGAGUUCUCACAAGCAGGCACAAAUGAUUAUGAAAUUUCGAUUGAAAAUAUUAGCGCACUAAAUUGUAGUGAUGACGAAGCUAGUCUAGCUUAUAGACAACAUAAAUAUCUGCAACAAAUACGUACGUCGACGACGAAAAUUUCACAUGCUCCAUCUUCAUCAAGUUCAAAUCUAUCACAUAGUCACUAUUUAGUAAGGCAAUCAAUAUGCUUAUACGCAGCAUCCAGUGUGAUAUUAGCUCUAUGCUAUUUAGCGACACCCUCUUCGGCAACGACAGACACGUCAUCACAUCCAGUUUUUUCCGAUGGGAAAUCUGACAAAGAAAUUCUAGAUCAUCUCUUAAGGAACUCGCGUUAUGACAAACGCUUACUACCACCCGUCGAUGGAACUUUGACUGUAAACGUUAGCGUAUUAUUAUUAAGUUUAGCAUCACCAGAUGAAUCUAGUUUAAAAUACGAAGUGGAAUUUCUUCUACAACAGCAAUGGUAUGAUCCGAGACUGAGAUAUGCGAAUCAAUCGCAAUAUGAAUUUCUAAAUGCCAUUCAUCAUCAUGAAGACAUCUGGCUACCCGACACGUACUUUAUCAUGCAUGGUGAUUUUAAAGAUCCCAUCAUACCGAUGCAUUUCGCCUUAAGAAUUUAUCGUAAUGGAACAAUCAAUUAUUUGAUGAGAAGACAUUUAAUCCUAUCAUGUCAGGGAAGUCUCAACAUAUUUCCAUUCGACGAUCCUCUUUGUUCUUUCGCUUUGGAAAGUAUUUCUUAUGAACAAUCAGCCAUCACUUACGUAUGGAAGAACGAUGAGGAUACUCUCCGUAAAAGCCCUUCACUGACAACACUAAAUGCAUAUCUUAUUCAGAACCAAACAAUCGCUUGCGAAAUCAAAGGAAGCUGGAGAGGAGUCACAACAAUGCUUAAUUUUUUCACAACAUCGAACGGCUUCCGAAGUACUUUACCAGUGGGUUCCAAUCUGACAGCUAUGAAUGUGUGGGACGGUGUGUGUAUGUGCUUCAUUUAUGCAUCUCUUUUGGAAUUCGUUUGUGUCAAUUACGUGGGAAGGAAGCGACCAUUGCACAAUGUUGUUUAUCGUCCUGGCGAGAAUCCCGUCACUCAGCGACUCCCCGAAGUCCUCAGUCGUUUUGGAAUGAUCCUGGCAAUGAAUGAAAAGAAGCGAGAUGCAGCCGGUCCCAAUGAAAUGGUGGCGUGUACAAGUUGUGGUGGAAACAGUCCCUGCACGCACUCAGCUAAUAAUGGAUGCGCAACAGAGACGUGUUUCGUUCAAGUGAGGAAGAAAGAACCGCCGCAUCCCAUACGAGUUGCUAAAACAAUUGAUGUUAUAGCAAGGUAA